AUGGGUGCAGCACUGACAAGUGUGAGAAGGGCAUGGCCCACGUCUGUGAGUGGUGUAGGCAGCCACAUUGUUCGAUCGAUUGCCCGCAAGUCCCAGGUUGGGAACCCGAGGAGAAGAACACAGCAUGCCGCGAGGACGCGGAAAUGGAAGAGGCAAGGGAGGUCGCGGACGCUCCCAGAGGCGACAGUGAGCACAGGAGGAACUCGACCAAGUGGCUUACUAACACAACGUUUCUUCAAAGUACUGCGGCUCGUUCCUGUCCGGGGCCGCCAGAACAUCAACAUGGAAAGCUGCAAGGGCGACAAGACGCUGUGCUGGUGUCCGAGUACCCACAAGGACUCUGUGAAACGGUGGCAAAGGCUUACUGGCCUACUGCUAGACGAAGCACUGGCACUGGAGGGCCGCGAGCGCAAGAAAACCGGGCUUGCGAGCCAUGCAUCGUUCUGUACAGAAGUUGCCUGGAUGGAAGACAGUGGGGAUGGCGAUGAGGCGUUGUCUGGACCAGACCAGCCCUGUUGCAGUGACGCUGAUGUGCGGCUAGUGCAAAGCAAAUUGGCUUCAAUGCUGAGGUGGCUGGAAGUACCGCUUAUAGCGCACGACCUGCGCAGAAAUGGCGUGAACAGCAAGAUCAAAGUCCAGGAGCGGCUGGUCUUACCGCGGCUUAAAAACGCCAUCGAGGACGCCUUCAAGCAGCUGCCUACAAAGCAAAGUGAACAGCGGUUCUUGGCGGGGCAAGCAGACGGAAAACUGUUCUUUUUGGAGUGCGCGCUGGACCGCGUGUGUGGUGCAGA